UGUAGAAGAUCGGACUCAUCGGAGAGCCCAAAUUCGUCCCCAUAAAAACGGGGGGCAUUCAAAAUCCAAAAACCCUAGAAAUCGCAGAAAGCUUUUGCUUCAGAUGGGGAUCAUAAAGAGCUCCUUCUCCUUCAUAGCGGGCACGGUCACCGGAGUCUACAUAGCCCAAAACUACGCCGUUCCGAACAUCAAGAAGCUCGCGGACACUGCCCUAUUCAUGGCCAAGCAAAUCGAGGAGAAGUACCGCAAGCCCAAGAAGAGAGACGACGAAUAGGAUCGUGUAAUCUGAUCGGAGAUCGGUCGGAGUUUUCCAACCCAGGUUCUGAUUAUCGGAUUUUUUUUUAGUUAAUGACAGAUAUAUUAGUAAAGAAAAAGUGAGUUAAUUUGUGAUGGAUUUGUUACUUAUUGAGCUUCGGGUUUAGUUACUGAAGUGAAAUAUUUGUAAGGUUUUUUUUACUGUUAAUGAAAGGCUUUGGAUUAGUUUGGGGAUUAGAGUA